AAGAGAGGGAGCCAUUGAGAAAGAGUGUUAAGCUGCGGGGGAAGAGAAGAUUGGAAGUGAAAAACAAUAAGAUAGUGAAAUCGGAGAAGAUGCCGGUGAUGGAUAAGCUUAGAAUGUUUGUGGCUCAAGAGCCUGUUGUCGCCGCAUCCUGCCUCAUCGCCGGAAUCGGACUCUUCCUUCCAGCUGUGGUAAGGCCUAUACUAGACUCUCUUGAAACGUCGAAGCCGGUACCUCCACCACAAUUAAGCGAUGUUGUUGCCGGUAUCACCGGGAGGAAACAGGGCUGAGGCAGGAUAUGGAGCAAGGUGGCUAGCACGUUUUGAAGGAAUGGAAAUAAUCUUUUGAAAUAUGG